GCAAACAUCAGCCUCGCAUUGUUGGACCGCGCACUUGCGUUCGUUCCUUUCAAAACAUGGCUCUCAAAGUUGGAGCGCAAUUCUGACAGUUUUUCGUUGCACCGAAUUUACAUCCAAUCCGUUGAUCUGUUCGGCAAUCGCGUCGGUUUUGUGAAAUUGAAAUCUGAAGUCACUGAUCGAGAUGGGGACUCCCUGGCAGGUAUCUGUUUUUUGCGGGGCGGCUCCGUCGCCGUUCUGGUGAUUCUGGAAUGUGCAGAGGACGGCUCUGAGCACUGCGUACAAGUGCAGAUUGAUAACGUCUGCACCGCGCAGCCCAGGAACAUGGCUCUUCCUGCCGGGAUGUUGGAUGGAAAUGGUGACUUCAGUGGGGCCAUGGCCCGGGAAAUGGAAGAGGAUUGCCGGAAGAAGUCCUGCCAGCUGUCAGAGACAGCGUGCAGGCUCCCCUCAGUCCCAGUGGGCCCAGGUGAUGCAGCAAACUUGGUUGACAUGACUGCCCUCGCCUACGGGGAGAAGUUUGAGGGUAUGUACCCAUCCGUUGGCGCAUGUGAUGAAUUUAUACGCCUUUUCCUUUUCAAGAGAGUCAUGUGCCAUGGCUGCAGCGGGGCGGGAGAGUGGCUUUUGCGAGCUGCAUUGCGCAACCCGAGCCGUAGCGCACGAACGGACAGGCCUCAGCGGGACAUCGCAGCUCUGGAAGGAAGGCUUAUGGGUCUUCGCGAGGAGCACGAGAAGAUACAGUGGCUGAGCGAAAUGUCGGUCGUUUCCGAUGUUCCGAAGCCGGGAAUUCCGGCAGGCUGUGCCUGGUUCCGUUGUUCCGCAGUUGCCGGCAUUGGAAUUGGCUUAUUCGGUUGCCUGCUGUCUGCAGCUGAUCACAUCAGGCGGCGCAACGGUGGACUGCACACAGUGCGCAGUCGCUUUUUCUCCUGGAUUGGUAUGAUUGGCUCCGUGGUCUUUGGCUUAGCUUCGCUCGUCGGUCUGGUUUUCGGCUCGGUCAGCUUGGCCACAGUGGUGCGAGCUGGAUCGACGCUGCCGGCAAACGCCAUCUUCAGUCAAAUGUUUGGUCUGCGACCGCUGGUACGGGAUGAUGUCCUGGGCACUUUGGUAACCAUCUCAGGCAUUAUCAGCUUCACCAUCUUCCAAGGGUGGUCUGAGUAUCAGCACGAUCAAAGUGAGUUUCUGGCUCGGAUGUUUGCUCCGGGGUCCAUCGUCUGGAUGAGCCUCCUGUUCAUCCUGCAAGCCCUGUCGAGCUGCUGGCUGUAUUUUCACAGGAGCGCGAAGCGAGACAGCCGGGAGUAUGCGGCAGCGGCUCGGUGCCGCGCUGUGGCGGCCACAUUGAUCUGCUCGUGUUCGUCAGCUUUUAUGGACUUGGCAGCCAAGGGUUGGUCAUCCUCUUCCAAGGUCUCAGCAAGUGGUGGUGGGGUGAGCUUUGGUCUGGCAUCGCCCACCUUCUGGACAGCGCUGUCUUUGAACGUCGUUUUCCUGAUCCUUAUGAGAUGGUCAACUAUCUACGGUUGCCGACGAUGUGAUGUGCUCAUAUUUGUUCCCUUGAACACAACAGCCAACAUCAUCCUCAGUGUCGCCUCCGGCAUGAUUUGCCUUUCAGAGUACAAGUCCGUGAAAUCUUGGCCGGGUCUUUGCACUGCUGGGCUGUCCAUGCUGUGUGGCAUUUUCAUGCUCGUCACCGGGCCGGCUGAGACCAUGGCUGGAGCUGGGAUGCCCUGCAACAGCUGGAUCGAGUCGCCAGAUCCGACUAAGAGUCAGUCCAGGCCCGAGACUCAAACGCGGCGGACGUUGAGCCCCGUUGAUCUUUCGCCAGCGACCUCCCCGGCGAGCUCUCAUGACAGAGUGAUCCCCCGGGAGAGAUCAGUCCUGGAACAGUCGGAGGAGGACUUGCAUUCUAAGUCCUCCGCGCUGGGCUUCGUCUAUCUAAAUCGCAUCCACCGAAGAGCUGCGCGUGCACGAAGUGAGAUCGAAGGCUGCUUGGCCGAGAACCUUUCCGACCGGCGCGAGACGACAGGUUACGUACCUGCUAGAGGGCUAGGAUACAGCGAACGCAUGCAGCCUGCUCCGCGACGUCUCCGCAAGCCCUUGGCGGCCCUGUCCUUGCUACUCCUCGUGUUCGCUGAUGUGAGCAAGCUUCUGGGCUUUACCGGGUCGCGAGGCCUUGGAAGUCGCCAGCCCUCGGUCGCACGUGCGGCUGAAUACAAGCAAGUUGCUGUGGCGGGAGCCACGGGCCGGCUCGGGCGCUUAGUGGUGUCGGAAUUACUGUCCAAGGAAGAUGAGCUGCAAGUCAUCGCGCUGACCCGCAAUGUGUCUCGAGCAGAAGAGUUUCUGCCUGUAGACAAUGACAAGUUGAAGGUCGUCACCUGGGACCCUGCAGCUGACCAGGCUGCAGCUGAAGAAGCUGUAGCUGAUGCCGACGUGGCGCUCUGGUGCGCCGAGGGUCGCAAGGGCAUUGUCGCGCUGGGCAAUGCUUUCAAGGCGAAGGGGCAGAGACCGAGCGGCUCCGCCCGUGUGAUCAUGUGCUCCUCAGCCGCCAUCACGCGGCCUACGUGGUCUGCCGAACAGAAAUCCCGGAUGUCCGGAGCAGCCGACAUCCCGAUUGUGAGGUUGAAUCCAGGUGGGCUGCUGGACGAGAAACGAGCAGCCGAGCAAGCCUUGCGGGACACGGGGGCUUCCUAUGCGGUGGCACGACCGACUGGCCUGAAAGACGACUGGCCGGCGGGGCGUCCGGUGGUCUCUCAGGGAGAUGUGGCUGUGGGCAGAACCUCGCGCCAAGACCUGGCCUCCAUGCUGGUGCAGCUGCUUGACGAGCCAGAGGCGACAGGGAAGACUUUCGAGGUGUUGACGGUGCCGGGCUACCCGAAGCCCCGCGAGGGCUACGGAGAGGCGCUGGAAAGACUGGAGGCUGACACGGCUGCGGCCUCAGAGUCAAGAUCCGAAAAUCCGAAAAUGGUUUCUGGCUACAACGGCUUGGACACGUCCGGAGCUCUCUCCGUGCAGGGCCUCUCACACAUCGCAGAUUCCGACAGCAGGGAGCUGCACGAGCUCCUGGUGGCAGCUGACAUCAAUGCCGAUGGCGUUAUCACGAGGACGGAAUGGGACGAGCAUGUCAGCUCCUGGCUGGAAGGCCACGAAGGCCAGGUCCAAGCCAUCCUGGAUGCAGCCAGCGGCAUCACCGAGGAGGUGCUGCAGACCAAGCGGAAGAAGGUCCGAUCGAAGCGGCAGAUUGCUGCGGUGUGGGAUGGUGCCAGGUCGGACGGGGAAGAUGAGAUCAGCUGGUUCGGCUUGCCGGUCGUUGCAUCACAGGACCUUUCAUUCAAGGGCGAGAACCGUGCCGUUCCAAUCGGACAGAAAUUGGAGGUGAUGGUUGGGGGAAGCUGCUUCUUGUGCGAGGUGGCUGCAUAUGAUGAGGAUCAGGACUAUCCCUACCUGCUGCACUUUCCUGCUGGUGACGUGAAAGAGAAGCGCUGUAUGAUCGACGUUACCAGCAGCCGAAUCAUCGCUCCAUUGUGGACACGAGAGAAAUCGCCUUUCCAUUUCGUCGAUGCAGAAGAAGAGGUCUCGCCGCGGGAGAUGUUGACGAGUCAUGUCAAUGGCGAGCCGAUCAGUCCUUCGCAGUUGGUGAGCCUGGUUCGCCGUGCACGGCAGCAUUUCCAGAACGAACCUGCGCUUCUGCGAAUCUCCGUGCAAGGUGCUUCCAGUGUCUCAAUCUUCGGCGACAUCCAUGGCAACUUUGCAGGCUUUGCCAGCCUGGCAGCACAACUGCAAGGAUCGGGGAAAGCCAAGCUGCUCGACACUGUGAAGGAUACUAUGCUGGAACCGCCUGCCGACAUUGUCAUCUUCCUGGGUGAUUUGGUGGACCGUGGGGAUGAGAAUCUCAAGCUCCUGCUGACGGUCCUGGCUUGGAAAGUGCAGCAUCCUGACCGGAUUUUUCUGCUGCGCGGCAAUCACGAGGAUGAGAACAUCAACUGCCGCUAUGGCUUUGAGAAAGAAUGUAGAGACCUCUUCGGCGAAGACGGCAAGAAAAUCUAUCGUCAAGUGAACAACAUGUUCAACUACCUGCCUGUCGCUGCAGUCCUUGGUGACUUCGCCUUCUGCUGCCAUGGCGGCCUUGGGCCAAGUAUCCUAUCUUUGGACGAUGUCAGCCUACUGGAUGCGCACAAGCCCAUCUCGCUAGAGGUGCCACCAAGCACCAACAUGGACAAGACCGCAAUUGACCUCUUGUGGGCGGACCCGUGCGAGGAGGUUGAUGCGGAUGUCAAUGCUGACGGUUUCGCAGAAAAUUCUGCACGAGGAAUGGGACAUGUUUGGAACGCUGCAGCAAGCAAGAGAUUCCUUGAAACCACGGGCCUGGAGAUCAUCAUCCGUGGUCAUGAGUGUGAGCCGGCUGGCUACUUGUACAACCAUGAAAGGCAGGUCUUGACCAUCUUCUCAAGCCCCGCCUACAGCGAAAAUAACGAUGCAGCGGUUGCAACUUUAGAUGCGUCCGGCCUCAGCAGCUUGAAUUUUCUGAGGGUGAAUGCGAAGAACGAGCCAGUCUCGGCAGCAGCACAGCUGGAGGACCGUGACUCCCUGCAAAGAAAGGCGAAGCCACGGAGUGUUUGCCAAGGUUGUGUCUCCUUCUGA